GCGCAUGCGCGUCCAUCUUGUCCACACAAGGUCACCUGCACGUGUACCGGCUGCCAGAAGUUCUCAGUUUGUUGCAGCGCUCGAGGACAGUCUGCGUGCAGUAGCUCAGCUAACGUACAGUGACGCAGUUUCGAUAAAGUUUCUCUAGUCAUGGCGAGAGGAAGUCGGAGUCGUCCUUCAGCACCAGCGAGUGCGCCUGCUCACUCCCACGCUCCAGCUCCAGUGGCUCCUCCUCCAUCAGCGGUGGCCGCGGCUCCUGCCCAGCCGAAACAGCCAGGUCUCAUGGCUCAGAUGGCCACGACGGCUGCCGGUGUGGCUGUAGGCUCGGCCGUGGGCCACGUCAUGGGCAGCGCUCUUACCGGAGCCUUCAGUGGAAGCGGCUCAUCCGAAACAACGAAACCGACUCCUGCACAGCAGGAGACUGUGCGAGCUGCUCCCCCUCAGGCAGGGCCAUGUCUUUUUGAAGUGAGGCAGUUUCUCGACUGCGCUACUACUCAGACAGACCUCAACUUGUGCGAAGGUUUCAACGAAGCUCUCAAACAGUGCAAAUUUUCACAUGGUAUUUCAUCUCUGGUGUGAAGAACAUUUUGAAGGAAAACUCUAAACACUAAAGUCCAGAUCCAUCUAGAUCCAUUCAGCACUUGACUUGUAUUUACUUAUUCCGUUGUAUUUUUAACUUGUAUGUGAUAUAAAAUAAAGAGCUGCUAUUUA